AUACGCUUAUCACUGUCUAAAGGAUGAGUGGUUAGAUAAAAUGUACGAGGUCUGUGCGCCACCAGUUGUCAUAAUCGGUUGCUGUCCAGAAUACAACACAGCCGGUGACGUCAUACAGGGAAAUUUUCUAAUUGAUUGUACGAAGUUUCAUGUUCCGUGUCCAAAGGUUUAUAAUUCAACAGAUAUUUACAAAUAUCAGAAAUGCUAUGGAAUCACAACAACUAUACUGGUAGAAGAAAUAUUGUCCGAUGAUGAAGACUCUGAUAAACAAAUUAUGAAUCCAAUUUCAGCAACACAAAUACCAACAUUUUCUUUAUUACUAAGAAAAGAAAUAAGGGAGAAAUCAGUUGAAGGAACGCAGUCCUUUAAGUUGAUGCUUUGGAAGUCUUUGGGGUUGAUGUUUCUUGUGAUUUUUUCAAUCCCUUUUAUUAUCAUCACAGUCUUCAAAGAAAAAAUUUACAAAAUAAAAAAUGUGCUUCAAAAUGUAUGCCUCAGAAUAAAAAAGAAGCACUAAUUACAGGACUUAUGAGCAGAAAAAGGCAGAAUAAAUAUUUUUCAUGGAUUUUUUUUAGGAAUGAAUGGAAAAAAUUGCAUGUGACAGACUAUAUAUUG